AUGGGCUUUGACUCUUCCAAUGGCUCUUCAGCGGCCAAGUCGGAGGAGGAAAAGCAGAGGCUGAAGAAGGAACGGCUAGAGGCGUGGAAGAAGCAGAGAGAGCUGGAGAAGAAGGGAAAGAGCGCUACGCCCGAGCCGGCUGUACUGGGCAGAAAUGGCCCGAGCAACGGUCAACCGCCAAUACCCCCUCGAAAUGCCCCUGCACCCGCCAAACCGCAAGCUGCACUGCAGAUGGGCGCCAUGGGUAAAAUCAAACUCGGCGGCAAUAUCGGCGGAUCUCAUCUAAAACGUACGAUUUCCGAGCUCGAUGACGAGGACGCACCGGAACGGAAGCUCAUCCGGAUCGAGGGAUUGCCGGACAUUAACCCGGAGGUCCAGUCUGGUGAGGCGGUCGAGGAGGGACUGGUCGGUGAGGACUUUGCGGAUGAGGACGCCGGAGUAGGGGCUGUCAAGGUGGAACUCAAGGAGAAUGGGAUGGAUAUUGAUGCAGAGAUGGAGCGUCGGACGGGAGUGAAAGAAGAGAAGAUGGAGGUGGACGCGGUGGAAGAGGAGGAAGAAGAGGAGGACGAGCUGGAGGCGUACAUGAAGAGCUUGAACAAGGAGAAGAGCAAUGUCGACCAGGCGGAUGCGAAGCGGGCGGGACUGGCGGCGAUCGAUCCAGAGUCAGAGGAUGACGAGCCGGUCAAGGAGGUCAAGGACGGGGACUCGCUCGAGAAGCAGGAGGCGAUGUUGGCCGAGGCGGCGGCCAAGACCAGAAAGAAGGAUCUUCCACCCCCGGACCACUCUAAGAUCGACUACGAACCCUUCCGCAAGAACUUCUACUCUGCCUCGGCCGAGGUGCUCGACCUGACCGAGGAGGAGGCGGAGCUCAUGCGGCUCGAGAUGGACGGUAUCAAGAUCCGAGGGAUCGACGCGCCCCGCCCCGUCCAGCGGUGGGGUGCGCUCGGGUUGCCUAUGGCGUGCCUGGAUGUCAUCCAGGCGCACAAAUGGGAGAAGCCUACCGCUAUUCAGGCACAGGCGAUACCGGCCAUCAUGAGCGGACGGGACGUCAUCGGGAUCGCCAAGACGGGAUCUGGAAAGACCAUCGCCUUCCUCCUCCCGCUGUUCCGGCACGUCAAGGAUCAGCGGCCGAGUACGGGACUCGAGGGUCCUAUCGCCGUCGUUGUCGGACCUACUAGGGAGCUGGCGUUGCAGAUCUACAAGGAGGCCAAGUCGUUCUUGAAGGCUAUGCGGCUACGGGUCGCAUGCUGUGUCGGCGGUGUAUCUAUUAGCGAAGAUAUCGCCAACAUGAAGCGCGGAGCGGAUAUUGUCGUCUGCACCCCCGGACGUCUCAUCGACCUCCUCACCCACAACAAUGGUCGGAUCACCAAUCUCCGUCGGUGCACCUAUCUCGUGCUUGACGAGGCGGACCGGAUGUUUGACAUGGGCUUCGAGCCGCAGAUCAUGAAGAUCUACAACCAGAUCCGGCCGAACGCCCAAAAGGUGCUCUUCUCUGCCACGUUCCCCAAGACCAUGGAAGGUCUUGCCCGCAAGAUCCUGACCAAACCUCUGGAGAUCACCGUUGGUGGUCGCUCGGUCGUCGCGGCGGAGAUCGACCAGCGGGUCGAGGUCCGGGACCAAGACACCAAGUUUACUCGUCUCCUCGAGAUUCUCGGGGAGAUGAGCAACAACUGUCCGCCCGGGGAAGACUUCCGCGCCCUCAUCUUUGUCGAUCGGCAAGAAUGGGCAGACGACCUCUUCCGCGAUCUACUGCAGAGGGGGUAUGUCUGCUCGUCCUUGCACGGCGGGAAAGAGCAGGUCGAUCGGGAAGAUGCCAUCCGGAACUUCAAAUCGGGCGAUAUCCCUAUUGUCGUUGCGACGUCGGUGGCUGCACGAGGACUGGAUGUGCCCCAGUUGAGGUUGGUGAUCAACUAUGAUUGCCCGAAUCAUCUGGAGGAUUACGUGCAUCGGGCGGGAAGGACGGGGCGGGCGGGGAAUACAGGCGUGUGCGUCACGUUCAUCACGCCGGAACAGGAGCGGUAUGCGGUGGAUAUACUACGGGCGCUGGAGGCGAGUAAUGCGUUUGUGCCAAAGGAGCUCAAGGAUAUGUCGGAUGGCUUCCUCGCCAAGAUCAAGGAUGGCCGGGCCAAGGCUGUCCGCUCUGGUUUCGCCGGAAAGGGUCUGGACCGUCUCGACAAGAAGCGGGAAGAGAAGGACAAGGCGGAAAAGCACACGUACGGCGACACGUCGGAAGCGCUCUCCCUCUCUUCCCGCGAAGGCGCCGUCAUCCCCUACAAACCUAAGGAGACGACCAACCAGUUCAAGCCGGCCGAGCGGGACAUGCGCAACGAGUCGGACUAUACCUUCACCGAGAUCCACGUCGACAUUAUCAACGGACCUGCCCCGGACCGACUCUUCAACCCCGCCCUCUUCACCGUCUCUGGCAAUUCUGGCAAAAACAGCCUCGCCGCUCUCCCUGCGCAAACCCUCGCGGCCAUCGAAAAGGCCAAAGCCGAGGGCCGGACGGUGGAUGCCUCGCGUCUCGCUCGGGUCGUCGCCCAGCUCCACAAAUCUAUCCAGGAGCAAAAGACGGAUGUGUCCUCGGCGGCUAUUGCGGAGAUGACGCGCAUGAAGCCCAAAGACCCCGAUGCGACCGACUGGCACGCCGUCUUCCCCAUCAAUGACUAUCCUCAAAAGGCGCGGUGGAAGGUGACGAACAAGGAGCAGAUGACGCUGUUGAAUGAGAUUUCGGGGGCGAGUGUCACGAUGAGGGGCGUGUAUUACCCGCCAGGGGAGGAUCCGAAAAUUGGGAAUGAGCCGAAAUUGCAUUUGCUCAUUGAGAGUAACGAUGAGAGUAAGGUCAGGAUGGCGGUCGAGGAGAUUAGGAGGACGUUGGUCGAGGGGUCAGUGGCGGCUCUACAGGCUACGGACAGGGGCGGACCAUCGAGCGGGCGAUACAACGUAUAA